AAUCCCAAGAAUCCGGAUGGCACAGCUGAUAACGGAAAGAAUCCCAAGAAUCCGGAUGGCACAGCUGACAAUGGAAAGAAUCCUACGAAUGUUAAUGAUGGAAAGAACCCAGUUGAAAAAAGUCCAGUUGUAACUCCUAAAUCACCUGAACAAAUAUCAACUCCUAAAGAUGAAGUUGCUACAAAUGACGAUGAUAAUGCAGGAACUAAUACUACCCAAACAUCUUCCGCUACUGAAUCUCCAAAAUCAAAGCAAGAAGAAGCAAAUGAAGCAAAUGAAAUUCCAGGAAUGAAAAUGUCGUCAUCUUUCGGUCUAAUUAUAUUCGGAUGUAUUGUUGGCGUUGGUAUUCUUGUCGUUUUAUAUAGUACCUAUGGAAGGCGUAAAUGGCGCAAGCAUUUUCGUCGUAGACAAGCUGCCUUGGCUGAUUCAUCUAAUUAUAAUGGUGGACGAGCUCUUUAA